AUGAAGUUAUUCAGUGCCUUUUACGCCACAAUCUUACCUUUUCUUUUCUUCUUCACAGUUCCUAUCGCAAUAUUCGCAUCCAUCACUACCACUUUGGCUUUUUGCAUCCUGUGCUUUCGAGUCGUUAUCGUAUACAUUGAACUCGCGCUCGCUGUCAUUCCAUACUAUCUUUGUGGCCCUAAAGAUGAUAUCAAAGUCUCACAGUCCAAAAGGGCAAUCUACAACCCUCCAACAUCAGCCUCUCGACGUAAGAAACGAAGAAGCAGCGCUAGCAGCAGUCAAUCAGCCUCUGGCUCAAUCACACCAGUACCAGCUCGCAUUUUAAAGGGCUCGGAGUCGAUGCUUGGGUUAGGCCAAAGUGUUGGAAUCACUAGAGACUAUGAGGGCGUAGGUGGAUGGCGUCUCGACGACAGCGGUUCUGAUGAUGAUGCGCUGUGGACAAAUAUGAACUCUAGACUAGAAUUACCUGCGAAUCAUGGAAGGAGACAUCAUCAGAGAUCUUCGACAUCCAGUAGUCUGCCUUCAGAAGAGCUGAAAAGUCGUGGCCCAGAGGCGAUAAUGAAUACGUCAAAGGCUAGAACCCCAACUUCAAUAGGAUUGGGUUUUGGAGGAGAGAGUUACUUUUCAACAAUGACUCCAAGUCCGAAAACUAAGAAGAAACCGUCUUUUGGGUCUGCGUCUGGAUCCCCUACAAGUUCGAAGGCUAGUUCUGUUGUGAAUAUGAAGCAGAUAUGA